AUGUCGUCGCCAAUCGAUCUCACGACGAGCGACGAUGAGAUACUGUCAUCUCAACCGCGCGCGAAAGGCAAACGCAAAAUAAUCGAUUUGAGCGGCUGUGACGAGACACCGACCAAGCGCGGACAGCCUCCAUCCAUGAGCUCUUCACGGCCAUCUUCUUCAAAAUACAGCCGCGAGGCUCACUUCCCAGCACAUAAAGAUGAAUAUCACACACCCUCCAAAAGCUCAAAUAACGCCCGCAGCCGUCACGCUGGCCAUUCCACAUCGAGUUUUUCCUCGCCCAUCGAAAAGCACCGCGGAAACAGCUCACUCUCGUCACCAGCCACAUUCAAAGAUAGCGAGGACGAGCCCGACGAGGCUUUCGAAUUCGAAGAGAUCACCCGGAUCAAAUUCGAACAAGAUGCCCACCGCGGAGUCGCAAAAAAACCGCCCGCGGGCUACAAAAUCGUCAACUCUGCGCAUAUGCUUGGAGUCUCGCUCAAAGCUGGGACCAAUGUCGAGCUGAGCGAUGGAGAGUUUCUCCGCAUUGUCUACAUCUUCCGAAACAUGGGCGAAAGUCGGGACAGUGUCGAUGCAUACAUAUUGCGCGGCAUGCUGCUUCGCAGGACCUCCAGUAGGAACCCUGCUACGGGCGGUAUGUUUCCAGCGACGAUGAAUGAGCUCGUCGCAAUCAUUUCUAUUCCAAUGGACGACCAUCGCCCCACUCUCGAAGCAGGACUCCAGGACCGUGCUUUGAGUGAAGUCACUUGCAUUCGUGAGAUUCGUUUCACGAACGCCGCAUCUCGGUUCGUUGACGCUGAUUACGCCGACUUUUCCUUCCGCGAAGAUGACGAUCAGACAAGGUGGUACAUGGUGGACCCAAUACAAAACAAGCUCGUCCACAACAGACCAGUCAUAUUGGCAGAAGCUCAUCUUGUUUGCAGGUGGAAGUUCGUAGAGUACUACUGCCCGGACAUGAAGUCGAACUCCCAUGCCUGCUUAAUGCUGGAGCCGGACGAAGCUGAUGCUGACUAUCGGCUUACCAAUGCCCAACUCAUCCGACGAUACUUUCGCCGGACGCGYGGAACAUUCGAUGGAGCAGCUAAUAAGAACACCGCCAUCAAAGGAGAUCUAGCCGAUUUGUUCUGCGGCAGCGGUGGAGCGUCCGAGGCCGCCCGACUUGCAGGCGUUCACGUUGCAGUUGCCGUUGACAAGAAGGAGUGCGCUUUCUGGUCUCCAGUUCACACAGUUGCCGGUAGGAAUGACGAAGCGAACGAAAGCGCUGCUUUCAUGGUAAAUGCUGCUGCGAAAAAGCUCGGCUGUAGAAUCAUGAUCUUCGAGCAAACACCCGGCUUCGUGAGAAUCAAGAAGCACAGACCGCAGUGGCAUGCAUUUAUCCAACAAUUCACCAGCAUGGGGUUCAGUGUCAAAUGGAGAACUAUCAAGGCCGCAGACCAUGGCGGGCCCAACGCGAGACUCCGUCUAUGGCUUUACGCAACGUGCCCAGGACAGAAUAUGCCAGAGGACAUACAACCUACUCACGGCCCAAUUGGCUCUGGCCUGAUCCCGUACGUCACGGUCCGACAGGCACUCGCGAACAUCCCAGCGGGAGCUACUUUGCAUGAUCCAGAAGCUCAAGCAGAGAAAUUCCGGWUAACUGGCAAGCCCUCGCUGCCUCUUGCUGAAUGGGACAAGCCUCUGAAGCACAUCAUACCUACAGCUGGACCUCAGGCGCUGCAUCCAGAUGGACGACCCUUUACCAUCAGGGAGGCGAUGUGUCUGCAAGGCUUUCCCUUCCACUAUCAACUUAUAGUGGCUCAUUACGCAAGCUUGAAGGAGGCUCUUCGAUUCACAGACGAGGAACUGGCUGCGCACAAAGAUGGAAUCAUGGAGGAGAUUCAAGCGCAUAGGCACGAGAUUGUGGACUUGGACGAUUGA